AUGACCUCUUAUUUGCUUCAGAACAAAUACAUCGAUACAGCUGAGCAGAAAGGAGGAGUACCCGGUGUAUCGAGGUGCGUCGAGCAUACUGGUGUCAUCACCCAAAUCAUCAAGGAAGCACGCGAGAACAAAGGAGACCUCGCGGUGAUCUGGCUUGACCUAGCAAAUGCAUAUGGUUCUGUUCCACAUCAGAUGAUACUAAAGACUCUACAGUUGUAUCAUGUACCCAUUCGAUUUAGGCAGAUGUUGCAGCACUAUUUCGACAGCUUCAUCAUGAGAUUUUCAACGAGGGAAAUAAUCACUGACUGGCAGAGACUUGAAGUAGGCAUCGUUACUGGGUGCACAAUUUCAGUGGUGCUGUUUACCCCGGCCAUGAAUCUGAUAGUAAAGUCAGCAGAGAAGCCAUUCAGAGGACCCAAAAUGACUUUUGGGUGUAUUCAACCACCAACAAGGGCAUUUAUGGAUGAUAUGACCAUUACAGCAAAGUCUUACGUCAAGGGAAGGUGGAUGGUGAAAGACAUCGGCGAACUAAUGGAGUGGGCCAGAAUGAAGUUCAAACCCCAGAAAUCAAGGAGCAUGGUUUUGAGGAAAGGACAGAUUCAAGAGAGUGCAAGAUCUAGAAUCGAAGAUCAGCUCAUCCCGACUGUUAAGGAGCAACCAGUGAAGUGCCUCGGGAAGUGGUUUCGAGACUCGCUCAAUGAUCAACAGAGUAUCAAAGACACGGUAGUGCAUAUGGAGAGUUGGUUGAAAGAUGUGGACAAGUGUUGUAUGCCAGGAAAAUUCAAGGCCUGGAUUUACCAACACGGCAUCCUACCACGCCUAUUGUGGCUGCUGCUGGUGUACAGUGUACCGUUAUCAACAGUGGAAGCAAUGGAGAGGACAAUAAAUUCAUUCCUCGGGAGAUGGAUGGGGGUGCCAAAGAGUUUCAACAGCCACGGUUUGUACUGCACAGGCAGCAAGCUGCAGAUACCUCUCAAAUCACUGACGGAGGAGUACAAGGUCACAAAGGCUCGGAAAGUCAUCAUGCUACGAGACAGUAGUGCUGAGAAGGUCAGAGAAGCUGGAAUGCAGGUCAACACCGGGAGAAAGUGGAGGGCUGUCUGA